AUGUCGUCUUAUUGGCAGAAGUUCAGGAAGGGCGAGAAAGCCCAAUUGGCGACUCAUACAACAGAGUCAUCGGAAGAAGUUGUCAUUCGCGAUGGAGAUCUGGAGUUUACACGUGAGGCUGGUGCUGGGAACGACUCGCAACCUUCGUACCAGGAGCCAUCUGGAGCACCAGUCGAAAAGGAAUCGCCACUAGGAUAUGAUGUCAACUGGUUCACCAUCAUCUUUCUGAAUAUCGGACAGAUGAUUGGGACGGGUGUUUUCUCUACACCUGGUUCGAUCUUGAAAGGUCUCGGAUCCGUUGGACUCAGUUUGAUCUUCUGGCUCAUUGGAUUCCUUGUGGCUGCAGCUGGGAUGUGCACCUACCUUGAACUGGCAGCGUAUUUUCCCAAUCGUUCAGGAGCUCAGGUCGUCUACCUGGAGCAAGGAUAUCCACGGCCGAAGUACUUCUUUCCAACCGCUUAUGCUAUGUUGAAUGUGCUGUUGGCUUUCAGCAGCAGCAACGCCAUUGUUUUGUCAACUUAUACGUUCCGUAUUGCGGGACAUACCCCGACUGAAUGGGAAUCGAAGGGAGUAGCUAUUGCUGGGUAUACUUUGGCUACUGCUGUUGUUAUAAUCUCAAAUAAGUGGUCCCUCAGGUUCUCGAACUACGUCGGAGUGGUAAAGGUUGGAAUUUUGAUAUUCAUCUCAAUUACUGGAUUUGUCGUUCUCGGAGGAGGCGUCACAUCUAUCCCUGACCCAGGAGCGAACUUCCGCAAUGCAUUCGAAGGAACCACUGGUGAUGCAUCAGGUGUCGUCAGAGCACUUGUCCGAGUCAACUAUGCGUACGAAGGAUACGCCAACGCCUUCAAUGUAGUCAACGAGAUCAAGAACCCAAUCCGAACGAUCAAAUGGGCAGGACCUCUUUCUCUCUUCAUCGUAGCAGUUCUUUAUGUUUUCGUAAACAUCGCCUAUUUCGCAGCCGUUCCCAAAGAAGGUAUCAUUGGCUCGCAAACGGCUGCUGCAGCUAUUUUCUUCGAGGCGGUCUUCGGCUCAGGAAAUGCAGGUCGUGGGCUGAGCUUCUUGAUUUUGGUGUCCUCAUUUGGAAAUCUCGUUUCGAAUUUGAUUGGUGCUGGUCGUAUCAUUCGUGAAUGUGGACGACAAGGUGUUCUACCAUACCCAGCAUUCUGGGCAUCAACCCAGCCAUUCGGAACACCACUCGGACCAUACCUCCUCAAAUACGUUCUCACUCUUCUGAUGAUUGUAGCCCCUCCAUUUGGAGAUGCCUUCGAUUUCGUCGUAGAUCUGAAGUCUUACCCUGACGCGGUGUUCGUCCUCGUCAUGGCCGUGGGACUCUACAUCAUCCGCCGAAACAGAAAACGCAUCAACGCCGAAGCACCAGAAUUCAGAGCUUGGGAUGUAGUCGUCAUAUUCUGGAUCUUGAUCCAGGUUUUGCUUUUAGUUAUGCCAUGGGUUCCUCCAGCGGGUGGUAUUUAUGCUGGGAGUGUCAGUUUCUUCUAUGCAACUUAUUGCUUUACUGGUUUGGGAAUACUGGCAGCGUGUGCUCUGUACUACUGGGUUUGGGUACACUUCCUUCCCAAGCGCGGAGGUUAUGCCAUCCGACAAACCGUUCUCGUUCUCGACAGUGGCGCGCAAACGCACGAGCUCGUCAAAGUUCCUCUCAGUGAACUCGAGGAAUGGGAUGCCAAGCACGAUGUUAUUGGAAAGCAGGUUGCGGGCUCCGGGUCCAGCUAUGAGCCGAAAGAGGGAAGCAGUGAUGAUGGUGGGGUUGUUCGCGAGCGGGUCUUUGUUGACGGUGACAAGAGGCUGGAUGCAUAG